AUGCAGGACAACUUCUUCGUUGCAGAGUGCGGGCACUUUCUUCUUUGCUGUGUUGCCGACGGACAUGGCAUUGGCGGUCAUUGGGCAUCCCACUGGACCUGCAAGUUCGUCCUCAGGAUGCUUUUGCAGCACAUGGCGACGACAAAGGCGUUGCCAGCAGAGGCAGUGAUGAACAGGAUUUUCGACACUGUGCAUCAGGAGCUUGUGUGUACAGCCACAUCGAAAGAGUUCGAACUGUCGCUUAGUGGGACCACACUUUCUGUGGCUGUGGUUGACCGCCAAAAACAACAGCUCUUGUUGGCUUGGGCUGGCGACUCAAGAUGUGUGCUUGGCCGGCCUGGCUCUGACGCCAAGGCAAAGCCUUCCUGUGUGGGAGCUUCAGAGGAUCACAAGCCGAACGACCCAAAGGAGAAAGCCCGUGUCUCUGCCAGCGGUGGUGAAGUGUUGCUGCUUCCUGGUGAUGUGCCCUACCGAAUCUUUGCCAAGAACAAGGAGGUUCCAGGUUUGGCAAUGUCGCGGUCCAUCGGAGACCUGUCUGGACAUUCCGUGGGAGUGAUCCACCAGCCAAGCUUAAAGCUGCUCAGCUUUCAGAAGGACGACUUGCUGCUUUGCUGUUCUGACGGCGUUUGGGAGUUCGUGAACGACGUCGACGCCGUGAACACGGUGCUGCAGGCAAGAGGCAGCACUGGUAGCAGGGCAGGCGUACUAAUGCGUACGAGGCGAAGAUCGCAGGCCUAG